AUGGACGACGGCUCGUCAUGCCCGACCGACAGCGCCGGGCUUCUCCCGCUCAUCGCCGGCUCCCCGACGGCUGAGGGUCUCGAAGAGAAGCUGAGGCGAGUGCGCGAGGAGAACCGGCGGCUGGCCAGCACGCUCGGCGCCAUACUCGCCGGUCGCCCCGACCUGCGUGCUCUGGCGAGGGCUCCAGCGUCAGCCGUCACCACCGCUUGGGCGCCGAGCGGCUCUGCCUCCAAUGCAGCGAGGGAGGAGGCCGCCGGCGUGACGGUGGAGCCGCGGCCCAAGGUCAGGACGGUCUGCGCGCGCGCGGAGCCGGCCGACACCGACGCCAACCUUGGCGUCAAGGACGGGUACCAGUGGAGGAAGUAUGGGCAGAAGGUGACGCGCGACAACCCGCACCCCAGAUCCUACUUCCGCUGCGCAUUUGCACCAUCUUGCCCCGUGAAGAAGAAGGUGCAGAGAGACGCGGAGGACAGGUCAAAGCUAGUGGCGACCUACGAGGGCGAGCACAACCACGCUAAAUCCCCGGAGCGAGAAUUCGUCGGCAACGAGUCCACAGGGUACGCGAGGUCACAGCCGUGCUCGGUCUCCAUUAACCCGUCCGGCCGGACGAUCAGGCUAGAAGACAUGACGAACCAUGGGUCAGGAUCGAGGCUGGACCUGGAGACUAUCCAGAGGGAGGUUGUUACGCCUGAAUUUCAGAAUCUUCUGUUGGACAAGAUGGUGAAUUCUCUCAAGAAUGAUGCAGAUUUCAUGCAUGCUCUAACAAAUGCGGUGGCUGAGAGAAUACUGGAAAAUUUUCCAGCCCGGCUAAGUUAA